AAGAGGAGGCCGCUAGACCUGGUUUUAGGAGCCCGUGGAAGCGACAGUCGACGGCCCCAGCGGGCGUCUCGUAAGGAAUUGGCCUUCCAUGUGAGGAGGCGGAGGCCGGUAGGAGAGACUCGGAGCCGAACCUGACAAGGGGGCCCAAUGGCGUCUGCUUCUUUCUCCUCCUCCUCGUGGGCGCCUUGACGGAUUCUUGUUUGCCGGAGUGAUCCCGAUGCCGAGUACCUCGGAGGCGGCGACGUCCGGAGGCGGGAGCAGUGUCCGGGCCUGGGCCGGCGGCGGCGGCGGCUCCGAAUCGCCGGUGGCAGAAAAGAAGCGUUUGCAUCACCGGCGGCGGAAGCGCUACGCUUCGGCGCAGCAGCCGCCUCCGUUGCCUCCGUCACCUGUGGCGGGCCCGCCGGCCCCUUCGCUGCUGUUCCCGCUGCUGCAGCCCUCGCUCCUGCAGCCGCCGCUGCCGCCGCAGUCCCUGCUGUUCCUGGCGGCCACUGGCGGCGCCGCCUCCUCCUGCUGUGGGGAAGGGGGGGAGCGGAAGCGGCCGCGAGGCAAGCGGCGCUCGGGGUCUCGGCACAAACGGCGGCGAGGCAGGUUAGGGGGUGCUGGUGGAGGUGCAGGGGCGGGCCUCGCAGCCUCGGAGCGGCGCGGGAGUGGGGCGGGCUUGGGGCCGCUGGUGGAGGCGGCGGCCGAAGAAUACGACGACAUAAGCUCCCAGUCGGAGGGGCCAGUGGGAGGCGGGACGGCCGGGGCAGGGAGCGGCGGGGGGAGUCCGGCGUCCUCCGGUGGCGGCGGGGGCAACCAACAACGCCUGAGCCGCGUUGAGGCAGAUCGGAGCAGCCGGCGACCGCGCAGGGAGCACCGCAGCAGCAGCGGGCGUCGCUCUCGGGAGCGGCACCGGGAGCACCGCAGGCGGGGGGAGGACAAGGACAAGGCUUCCUCUUCCUCCUCCAAGUCCCGCAGCCGCCACAACCACAGCGGUGGCCAGGACCGAGAGGGCUCCCGGAGCGGCGGCGGCGGCGGCAGCGACGGCCGCAGGAAGGGCUCAGCUACGUCGCCUAGCAGCAAUCGGAAAGACCGGGAAAGUAAAAGCCACCGGAGCCGGACGAAAGCAGGCAAAGAGCCUCCUUCAGCUUACAAGGAGCCACCUAAAGCCUACCGAGAGGAUAAGGCUGAACCCAGGGCCUAUAGGCGGCAACGAUCGUCCCCCAGCCCUUACCGAGAUGACAGCCCAACUAGCCACAGAGCUUCACAAAGCCAACGGAACCGCAAGUCCCCCAGUCCCCGUUCUUCUCUUAGCCCUUACUGGCGUCGAUCACCCAGCUAUAGCCGGCACAGUUCUUUCGAGUGUGGUGGGGAUGUAUCACCGAGUCCUUACAGACGCCGCUCACGCAGCCCUUAUAGUCCGGCCGUCAGAAAAUCAGCAAAAUCCAGAAGCAGAAGUCCUUACUCAUCAAGGCACUCAAGAUCACGUAGUAGGCACAGAUUGUCAAGAUCCAGAAGUCGGCAGUCGAGUAUUUCUCCUAGUACUCUGACUCUAAAAAGUAGCCUGGGGGCAGAGCUGAACAAGAACAAAAAAGCCAGAGCAGCAGAGGCAGCCAAAGCCAAUGCAAAAGUUUCAAACACCUCUACACCUACCAAGGGAACCACCGACACAGGAGUUGCUGUACAACAAGUGAACAAUGUAAAGGAACUAAAAAAGAUAAAAACAGAAAAUACAUCUUCCCCCUCAAGUAGUUCAACCUUGAAAAAUGAUAAGACAAAAACAAAAGUUUCUGUUCAGGAAACUAAAGUGGAAAACAAUGUGAUUGUAGAGAAGAUGGCCAAGCAAAAAGUUUUAGCAGUGAAAGAAAAUAAAUCAACCCUUGUGAAGCCAUCAACGCAACCUGUUGCAGUGAAAGAGAAGAGUAAGCCUCAUGCAGUAUCUAAGGAGAAGGAAUGUAGUGUUGCACUAAUCACUUCCACUCUGCCACCCCUGCCUCUUCCUCCCAUGCUUCCUGAAGAUAAAGAUACAGAUUGUUUGCAAGGUAGCAUUUCAGUAAAAGCAGUGAAAAAAGAAGUGGAGAAGAAAUUACGCCAUUUGCUUGCAGACUUGCCAUUGCCACCUGAGUUACCUGGAGGAGAUGAUAUAUCCCAAAGCCCUGAAGAGAAAAAGAUACUAGUGCAGUCACAUCAUAAAAAGAGACCGAAGAUAUGUGGACCGCGUCAUGGAGAAACAAAGCAGAAAGAAAUUGACUGGGGGAAACGGUGUGUGGAUAAGUUUGAUAUCAUUGGCAUUAUUGGAGAAGGCACAUAUGGGCAAGUUUACAAAGCAAGAGAUAAAGAUACAGGGGAAAUGGUGGCAUUAAAGAAAGUACGGUUGGAUAAUGAGAAAGAAGGUUUUCCUAUUACAGCUAUUAGGGAAAUAAAGAUUCUUCGACAACUAAAUCACCAAAGUAUAAUCAACAUGAAAGAAAUAGUGACUGAUAAGGAAGAUGCUUUAGAUUUCAAGAAAGAUAAGGGUGCUUUCUACCUUGUAUUUGAAUAUAUGGAUCAUGAUCUGAUGGGGCUUCUGGAAUCUGGCUUGGUUCAUUUUGAUGAAAGUCAUAUUAAAUCUUUCAUGAGGCAGUUGAUGGAAGGCUUAGAUUACUGCCAUAAGAAGAAUUUCUUACAUCGAGAUAUUAAAUGUUCUAACAUCUUACUAAACAACAGAGGGCAGAUCAAGCUUGCAGAUUUUGGUCUUGCUCGUCUGUACAGCUCUGAAGAGAGUCGACCAUAUACCAACAAAGUUAUCACUUUAUGGUACCGUCCCCCUGAACUUCUGCUCGGAGAGGAACGAUAUACACCUGCCAUUGAUGUCUGGAGCUGUGGAUGUAUCCUGGGUGAACUUUUUACUAAAAAGCCAAUAUUUCAAGCAAACCAGGAACUUGCUCAGCUGGAACUGAUAAGCCGCAUAUGUGGGAGUCCUUGUCCUGCAGUAUGGCCUGAUGUUAUAAAAUUGGCGUAUUUCAAUACCAUGAAACCAAAGAAGCAAUAUCGUCGAAGACUGAGGGAAGAGUUUGCUUUUAUUCCUGCAGCUGCACUAGAUCUUUUUGAUUAUAUGCUUGCUCUCGAUCCCAGCAAACGCUGCACAGCAGAACAGGCACUUCAAUGUGAAUUUCUGAGAGAUGUGGACCCUUCAAAAAUGCCUCCACCAGACCUUCCUUUAUGGCAGGAUUGCCAUGAACUGUGGAGUAAGAAACGUAGAAGGCAAAAGCAAAUGGGCAUGACUGAUGAUGCAGCUAAAAUUCCAAGAAAGGAUUUAUCUUUGGGGAUGGAUGAUAGCAGAGCCAACACCCCUCAAGGCCUGCAGACCUCUUCACAACUGAAAAUGCAGGGCAACUCUAACAUAGCACUUGUGAAAGCAGGUAGUGGUCAGCCACUAAACCAAAAUGAAGUGGCAAUUCUCCUAAACCUGCUCCAGUCUAAAACUAGUAUUAAUAUGGCACAAUUUGCUCAAGUGCUGAACAUUAAAAUGAAUCCCGAGACUGAGCAACAGCUGAAUAAAAUAAACCUUCCAGCUGGCAUUUUGGAUGUGGCAGAAAAACAGCCUGAACAGCAGCAGCAGCAGCAGCAGCAGCAGCAGCAGCAGCCGCCACCACCACCACCACCUAAGCCACCACUGCCUCCCUCACCAGACCAGGAGCCUUUAAAACAAACAGCAACACCACAGCUUUCUGUGCAAGCCACUCCAUUGACCCAAACUAAAGUUGACACAGAAGUUACCCAAGCAGCUGUGCAGAGUGCAUUUACGGUUUUGUUAUCUCAGUUAUUAAAGGCUCAACAAUUGAAGCAAAAAGAAAACUUCCUAGAAGAAAAGGAGAAUGGAUCAGGAAAUGACAUGUCAUUACAGCCCAGGCAGCCUCCAGAGCCAAGUACUCCUGCAUCUGGCAAUUGGGAAGAUGCAGAAUCACCAGCAUCUAUUUAUCCCCAUCUUAUUAAAUCAUUAUACGCAUGUGCAGGGCAAGAUGACUUGGCGAGACCCCCUGAAAUGAGACCUCAAACACCAGAAGAACGACCUCGUAUCUUGCCUCCAGAUCAACGACCCCCCGAACCACCAGAACCGCCCCCAGUUACUGAAGAAGACCUUGAUUAUCGGACAGCGAACCAACACUUACCUUCAGUUAGUAGCUCUUCAGGGAUGGAUCCUCAUGCUGGAGUAAAAGCAGCUCUUUUGCAGCUGCUUGCUCAUCACCAGGCCCAAACAUCUGAGAAACCAGCAACUUCUAAUGUGGAGUUCCAGUCAAGAGACUCCUUUGUAGCAGGUCCAGACUAUAAAGAUAGUUUUGGAUCUUCUACAUUCUCUUCUGCCCUUUACAGUAGUAGUGAUGGAAUAGGAAGUGUAUCAUCUGGGACAUUAGAAAGAGCAAAUUUUGUUGGAAAUUCAGAUGUUCAACCCUUGGAGAACUAUAAUACUGCUUCAUCUCAUUCAAGUGGUGCCCUUCCACCUCCUGCCUUUUCAGAACCAUUUCAUAGUUCAGUAACUGGUUAUGGAGACAUUUACCUCAACACUGGUCCCAUGCUAUUCAGUGGUGAUAAAGAUCAUAGAUUUGAAUAUAGCCAUGGUCCCAUUACAGUACUGGGAAACAGUGGUGAUACAGUUGGAAGGUCUGGGUCUGAAAGUACUCAUUCUCAUUCUUUGACUUCGAAGAUGCAGAACUAUAGCUAUGGAAGUAAUUUACAAGAACCUCCUGUCAGUGCCAGCCACAUGCAUGGACAAACUUGGACUUCUCCUGCCCAAGGACCUGGUUAUUCACAAGGAUACAGGGGACAUAUUAGUACAUCAGCAGUCAGAGGUCGAGGCAGAGGAUUGCCAUAUUGAGCAUCUGUUUCCCCCCCUUCCCCCCCUCAGGCACAUCAUUUUUAUCUGGAAAAACUUUGUAGCUGUGAUUUCAAACAGCAAUCCAACAGACUUGAAUAAUGUUAAUUCAGCAGCUUUAUUUUUAUGCAGAAAAGGGUCUUGCGUACAAUAGGAAAUUGCUUACAAUUCAUGCUGUUCUGAAAAUCCAGAUAAUUGAUUGUACAUCUUUCAAAUUCUAGCUAUAAAUUUUAUAUUUUGGCAGUUUUAAGUCAAUGCUAAAUUUAGGGACAUCAGCUUUUUAAGGCACACUACUAAGAUCUGAACUAUGCACACACUUUGUGCUUUUUUUGUAAGUUUGGACCAACUUUUAUGUAAAGAUUUUACAAAAAUCAAAGCAGGGCACUGAUUUAUUUGGUAUUUCUUUUUACAAAACUACCUUUAGUCAAGAAGUCACUAUCAGUCUUUGCACUGCUUUCAGUGUUAUCUGUGGAAGGUGUUUGUGCUCAUUUCAGACAAUAAAAUACAGUCUCUCUUGAUACUGUUUUAUAGAUAUUUUGACAUUGAUUUGAUUUUCUUUCAAAGUUGUUUGUCUAGUAAAAUAUCCAGUCCAUCUUCCCGGCAUUUGUAUAAAUAUCUGUUUUACUUGAAUGGUAAGUGCCUUAACGAUGUAAUCUUAAGGUCUGAAGAACAUUUCAUUAAAUUCAUAAGGCUGUUUGAAGGUAAUUUGUAGUUUGAUACAAAGUGUUAAUAUUUACACUACACUGAUGCUGACUUAAGGACAACUGGAUAGAUGGUGUCUUAGGAAUUUUCAUAUCCUAUUAGGUGAAAUGCUUAUCUUUUGUUUUUCCCAAAUUACAACCAUCCCCAUCUUGAAUUAAAUGAAGUUACGUGAGAAUGUAUGGACAGUAAUGAAGAAAGGUAGGUUUCUUUCAAUUUUCUGUAAGACCUUUUAUUUUAACUAUUUUACCAAAUAAAACUUAGUGUCCUGUUUUAUUCAAAACAGUCUUUUUAUUAAAAAUAGAUAGCAUUUUGUUACUGUCUUAUAAUAAGUACUUUUGUGCUGCUUUUUAAAUGUAGCUGCUGUAGAAUGUAACUUUCAUUACAUAAACAGCAAUUAAUGCAACUGAAGCUUAAACAGUUUAAAUUUAUAGAAACUGGGAUGGUGUCAACCAAUUCUGUAUUAAAUUAUUCUACUAGCCUAUUCAUUUAAUUGGAAUAGGUUUCAAAUCCAUUAUAUGUUCAAUUGCAGAGGGGAGAACAACCUUCCCAGAAAAUCUCAUUCUGGCUUCCAAAGAUGCUUUCUGGCAUUAUACAUUUGUUUCUUGAGAAGGAGACAAGCCUUUCCCUGUAGAGACAGGCCACUGGCUAUGUUUUCUCUGUAUUAAAACGUUUUUAAAUGACCAUAUUGGAAAAAAACUUUCCAACUGAUUAUCCAGUUGACAGGCUAGUGCAUAUAUGUAGCUAUUUUCUAAAAAUGUAAUUACAUGUAAUUUACAUGUAUUGUCAGCUGUGACUUGAAUCUAUUAGAAGCAAUUCAACCAUUGCUUCAUUUUUUUUUUUUAUUUGAGUGAGUAUUGCAUUUGUAGAGUGUCAAAUAUGUCUGAAUUCCCCUGUAAAUACAACAAUGGUCAUCCUCAGUAGAGACUCCUGAUUGAAAAUAAAAGCAGCUAAACUGGAAUAAAAUAUUUUGUAAUCUUAGCAGUUAAUGUUGACAUUUCAGAUAAAAGAAUACUGGCCUGGAAUGAAUGUUCCUGAGUAAAUCUGUUUAGUAAAGGCCAACAUCAACAACAUCUCUUUGAUAAAACCUAUUUGAUUUUCAUAUUUCUGAUUAAAAUUCCUCAUGUUCCUUUUGAUCGUUU